UACAACUACACCAUUUAAACAAUGUGGAGCAAUCGUGAGAGAGGAAGUUUGUGUGCUAUUAAAAACAUGACAUACGCAUUUUUUCACCCGGAUUCCAACACUAUACAAAUGAUACUUCUGCAAAUCAGUAAACGCAUUGCUGUGACCGUUACUGGUAGCGUCAUUCGGAAAACUAAAGAAAACAGCACUUGACACAAUCACUAACUGCUAACCCAGGCAAGAAACCAACAUUAAUAUUCACUAUACUUCUACAUUCAAGUCAUAAAGUCUGAAACCCACUUGACGAUGACAACAGCAAUACCAGGAAUGAGUUUUGAAACUCCGAGUGAUCAUCUCACAAGUUUCUCCCUGGGAAUUACCCUGCAUGAUUUGGGGAAUGCCUCCAUCAAUUCGAGUGGGCAUAAGGAAGCCUAUGAAUGCAGGGUCAGCUUUCAGUCCACCCUCCUCCCCGUGGUCUACAGCCUACUCUUUGUCUUGAGCCUGCUUGGAAACUUCACGGCGCUGAGCUCCCUUUUGAAAAAUUGGAGGUCCUCUUCCCAAGCCGCAGCUUUCACCCUCAACCUGAUCAUCAUAGACGUUCUGUUCACCUUAUCUCUGCCACUGCAAAUCUAUUACUAUGCCAACGGCAACAACUGGAUUUUCGGGGAGUUCUUGUGCAAGACAACCAGUUCCCUCUUCUUUGCCAAUAUAUACGGCUGCACCAUGUUCCUAACCUGCAUCUGCGUGGAGCGCUACAUCGCCGUGGUGCAUCCCAUCAAAUACCUGAAGCUGCAGAGGCCAGUGUACCGUGCUCUAGUCUCCUGUGUCAUUUGGCUAGUUAUAGCAGUUGUGGUUUUGACUUACGCUUUCAGAGGUCGCACAGCCAACAGGUUUGCAGAUGGCAGAAUCGGCUGCAUGGAAAACUUCGGGAAAAAGUCCUGGAGUGGCUGGUUGGCCACUAUUGCCAUAUUUUCCUCGAUCGCUGGGUUUUUUAUACCUUUCUUUUCCAUAGUUACCUGCUACUCUUUGAUCGCCAGGCGUAUCGUCGGCAUGACUCAGGGGAAGCAAACCGGUCAGCAUGUAAAGAAGAAGUCACUGAGAACUAUCCUUGUGGUGAUUGGCGUGCUGACCAUCAGCUUCCUUCCCUUUCACGUAGUGCAGGUCCUGCACACGCUGGCACGCAUCCAGGUGCUCCCAAGCCUAUCCCUGCUCCCUUUCACCUGUGGAGCGAGAAAAGUGGUGAUGGGGCUAGCCUGUCUGAACAGCAGCCUCGAUCCUGUGGUGUAUUACUUCAAUGCAGAUAACUUCCAGCUCCUGCCAUGUUGUCACAGAAAGAACUCCAGCAGAUCUUCUGAAAGCAUCUCCAACACCAAACUAUGAGCACAUUGCUCUGUUCCCUUCUCAGUCUUGAAGUUGAUGUCGUUUUGUAGCACUGCAGUGAUUGUGAAUGGAUCCUCUCCUGUAAGAAGUCUUGGGGCAUUGUGCUGUUCAAGUGACAAUGAUGCUCUCUCAAUUGGUUUUACCACCUUGCUGGAGUCAUGUGCCCCACUUUGGAGUCAGCAGCUUUAUGAAGUUUGAAUGAAAUGUUAAGAAAAUAAUUAUGUGAUCUAAACCAUUAAACAUAUGUGUUUGCCUUUUGCAUCUUGCUGUGUGCUAUUUUUCAGUUUUGUGUGUUUGUGAUCCUGUAUUAUAACACAAAUAUACUGUUUCCACAGGAUACACAGGUCUUCAAUGAACUGCAUGGACUUUUUUUUUUUCUUCCAACAAUUCAAAGAAGAAAAAGUUCCCACCUUCCUCUAUUAUGAAAGACUUAUGAAAGAUUCCCACUGUAAAUGUGUCAUGCACUUUACACUUCCGUGCUCUGAAGAGGGACUGAAAACUGUGUUGAGAUUGCAUUCAUUUGCAGAGCUAGCAGAACGAAAAAGAAACAGAAGGGAGACUUGUCAUUGCAUUUGUUUGUUUAAUUGUUUGUUUACACAAAGUGAUACUCAGACCCUGUUAUAUGUCUCAAUGGAAAUGUGUGAUUGCUUUUCCCGGGGAUAUUAAAUGGGAAUUUACAUGUAGGUGUUGGGUGGAUAUGCAAGUGUUUGUCAUUCUGCUGAGAUCAGUGUGAAUACGGGAUUGAGAAUUCAGUGAAAAGAAUAAUUAAAAACCCCUUUGGAAAUG